AUCUCUCUCUCUCUCUAUAUAUAUAAUCUCGCACUCCCCGCCCGCCUCAGCUUCAAUUCAAUUCAACAGAAAACACACCAUAUAUAGAAUUAUUAUUAUUAUUAUUAGGUCAAUAUAUAUAAAAAUAAUGAUGAUGAAGAAGAGUAUGAGCAAUAAUAACAACAACAACGAGAGGAGUGGGGUUAGGCCGUACAAGAAAUCUGCAGUCCCGCGGUUGCAGUGGACGCCGGAGCUCCACGACCACUUCGUCGACGCCGUCGAACAUCUCGGCGGCCGCUACAAAGCAACUCCGAAGAGAAUAGUGCAGGUGAUGGGAGUAAAAGGAUUAAAGAUUUCUCAUGUCAAAAGCCAUCUCCAGAUGUACAGAAACAUGAAGGAGAGAAGCACUUUCGAUGUUUUCAUGGGCGCACCAAGCUGCAAUAAGCUCCCAGAAGAGAGACCCCAUUUCACAGCUUGGAAUAAUAAUAAUCCACAUGGGCACACAUCAUUAGAAAGAAUAUUGAGACAAGUGUCUUCUUCUUUUGAUGAGACUAAUGAGACAACAAAAAUCAGAAGCAGCGACACCAGUUGCUACUUUGGCCAUCAUCAUCAUCUUCAUCUAUUUCAUCGUCAGGAAUCACAAGGAAGUGAUCAGAAGAGCGAAAUGACAAAGGUGGAAGAAGAGGGCGGCGGCGGUGGCGGCCGAAGUGAAAGCUCCGGGGAGAUCCCACAAUUUGCAUACUUUGAUCUCAGAAAAGAUAUUUUCCCCGACACCCGGAUGAAGAAGUCUCAGGCCGGCGGCGGCGCUCCCACUGUGCCGGCGGCGACCAACGCCGUCACGGUUGACCUGCAACAUUUCCGGGCAACUAUUAGGGACACCGAAAUCAACCUAGAUUUGUCCAUCUCUUGUCUCUAAUAAUGGCACGAUGAAUCAAUCCAUAUUAAUGUUAAUGCAUGGGAUUAAUUAUACAUGUCUCCAAUUUAAUAGGUCUCUCCCCAUAUACAUAGAUAUAUACACUCACAUGGUUACGCACGAUGCGAGGAGCUAGUUUAGUGUUCGAUCGAUAUGAUUACAAUUUGGUGUAAUAUGUUGUAAUUUGACUUUAUCUAGUGCUCAAAGUUUUGUUUAGCAAUUAAUUUACUUGAUUGUA